CCCUGGGCGGAGCCAGGGGCACCCCGGGAGCCUGGUCCCUGCCUCCCCAAGACCAGUCCUGCGGGCCGGCCAGGCUGAGGGCUAUGAGAGCUCUUCAGGGAAGCAAACAGGAUUUUAAAAUGACUGACUUGUCCCUUCAAUGAAAAAGGGUCAAGUUUUGCCUCCUAUUUUUAAAACCAUCUGAAAAACCUGACAACGACUGCCAAAGCUUCACUCGAGAACACGAGAAACUCCCCACGAGCUUCUCUGUCCUGCACGGACACGCGUGGAGCUCCGGCAGCCGCUGCUGGCCUCCAGCCCACAGGGGUGUGGAGUGAAAAGGCAGCAAAACCUGCCAAGCGGCCUAGUUCCUGGCGCGAGGGAGUCCCGGGAGUCACGGGAGAGGAGCCGCUGACGGCAGAGGCGCUGACCAGGACACGUCAGGGGAAGCAUCUCCAAGCGCUGUAGCGAGGAGGCUGGCGAGGAGGCGCGGGGGGCCUGGAGCAUGAGCCCGCUGUGCACCGUGAGGCCGGGGCUCCUAGUGUGCACGGCCGUGGGCGUCGUCGUUUUCCUCUGUCUGAGGAGCCCGAGUCCCGAGGAGCCCAAGGAGGCACCCACUUACCCACGGGUGGUGGAAUGUGGCUAUUAUCCAGAUGAGCUGUGUUCAGCUCUGUUUGAAGGGAAAGAGGCAGCCCCCCAGGUUGCAAAAUUUUGUAAAAACCCCCAGGGGUCUGAAAUACGCGCUCAUUUGCACACGCCGGGAAACUGCUCCAGGAUCUCCCAGGGGCUGCGCUUCAUCACCAGGCCCCUGUCUGCAGAGGAGGGCAACUUCUCCCUGGCCUACAUCAUCACCUUCCACAAGGAGCUGGCCGUGUUCGUGCAGCUUCUCAGAGCCAUUUAUGCGCCUCAAAACGUUUACUGCAUUCACGUCGACGAGAAGGCCCCAAAGAAGCAUAAGACCGCGGUGCAAACCCUGGUCAACUGCUUCGAGAAUAUUUUCAUUUCGCCCCAGAGUGGGAAGGUGGCUUCCAGCGGCUCGACACGCCUCCAGGCAGACCUCAGCUGCAUGAGAGAGCUGGUCCAUGCCGCACGCCCAUGGGGCUACGUCAUUAACCUCUGCGGACAGGACUUCCCCAUCAAAACCAACAAAGAAAUCAUACACUACAUCAGAAGCAAAUGGAAUGAUAAAAACAUCACCCCUGGGAUCAUCCAGCCACCCAACAACAAGUCCACGACCAGUCACGGCGCCCCCGAACCGCCCCCCGAAGCCAGCAUCCAUAUUCUGCCAAAUCAAAUACUCAAAGAGCCGCCCCAUAACUUGACCAUUUAUUUUGGGAGCGCUUACUAUGUACUAACGAGGAAAUUUGUGGAGUUCGUACUGACUGACACCCGCGCAAAAGACAUGCUUCAGUGGUCUGCAGGCCUCCGCAGCCCAGAGCACCACUACUGGGUGACACUGAACCGACUAAAAGACGCUCCGGGAGCCACACCCCACGCCAGCUGGGAAGGCGAUGUGCGAGCCGUUAAGUGGAGAAACGAGGAGGGCAGGGGCCACAGUGGAUGCAAAGGUCACUACGUCCAGGACAGCUGUGUGUACGGCCCAGGAGACCUGCCGUGGAUCAUUCGCUCCCCUUCGUUGUUUGCCAACCAAUUCGAGGCCUCCACCGACCCGCUGGUGGUCACCUGCUUGGAGCGGCGGCACCGGCUGCGGGUGCUGCGGGCCGCGGAGGUGCCUGUGGAGCCGCACUGGCGCUUCGACCAGGAGGGGCACUUUGACAUGAAGCUAAGCCGCUGAGCGAGGGACGCGGGGCUUGCUUCCUCCUGGCUAGCACUGCUCAACUGGAGACCAGGGCCCACUCGGCCAGAGAAGCGGGUCAGUCCGAAACAAAUUCAGAAACAGGCGAGUGACAGGGCGUGAUCACUGGCCACAGCGGCGGCUCUGAGAAAGGACUCGUGGGGGAAAGCGCUCGAGCGACUGCUGGCAACACAGGAGGCCCUUCAGGCCAACUGCCUCAGGGAACACCUGGUGGAAAUCAAAACUCUCCAAGAGCUUCGAUCCAGGUUCAAGCUAGAGGAAGGGCACCUCCAGUUUUGGGGAUACUAUUGUGUCUGAGACUCUAACAAAGAACACACUCCAGGAGCAAACGAACACCCGCUCAUCAGAAACAGCCCCCUUUGGCUGGGAACUAUGUAAGGUUGUUCUGGCCAUCCAGAAAGACACAGGAGAGGUCAUUCUCUUCGGAUAAAAUGAAGUGACUCUGAAUUGAAACAACUUCUUCAAGGGUUGCUACAGGUUUCGGUGGUGCUGCAGUGUGGCUGACAUCCCAUGCGGUGCAACGCCAACCAGCACUUCAGGGGGUGUGGGGGAACUUGAAGUAAAUCCAGCACGACUAAGUGAAUCUUAACUUCACCUGUCACAGUUUAAGGCGGGCUCCCCUGGUUUGCGAUUCCCAAAGACCGUAAAGUGGGCGGGAGACCUCAGAGCCGGAAAAGCAGAAUUCAAAGACUGCUUCUGAGGAGACCUCUGCCCAACUCUGCCCGCCCCUCGCGCCCGGCCCCUGCAGCUCUGAGCAGGCAUCGUCCGUUACGUUUGACUUGAACACCCCUGCCCAGCUCACGCACCACUCGGGCAGAAGGCUGGCAAGUCAGAUGCUGACAUCUAGAUCCGAACCUCUAACGCUGCGCCAGUGCUGCUCAAACACGAGUGCGCAUGAAAGCCCCUGGGGGCCCUGUAGCUUGCAGAUUCGACCCCACAGGUUGGGGAGGGGCCCGAGAGCCUGCAUUUAAAAAAAAUCAACACUGAAACCUGCCAGGCAAUGCCGAUGCCGCAGGACUGCGGCCCGGGCUCUGGGUACCAAGCAUGCCCUUCAGUCUGCCACCUGUAAUUACUCCAAGGUGUUUCUUCUGAUUACAAGGGAAGAACACAACGGGGAAUACCAUGGAUUUUGGGUUGGUGAUUUGUUUAGGCUGCAAACAAACACAAGCCUAGCAACUGCAUCUCUCUGGACCCUGUUUACAGAGCUCAAGUGUGCACACCUGAGCUUCUGAACGCAGAACCAGGACUCCAGUCCUUGACUCUCCUCUCUGAGAUGAAAGGCAAGUGCAGGCGGGGCUAAGGGUGAGAGCAGGGGGCACGCGUGCCCCGAAUACCGCCCUGACACUACUUUCUCAGCAGCAAACUUCUCUAAAUGUAAGCCAGUACCUGAAAAAUGACAAUAUUUGCUUUAGAUGUUGACACUGUGGCUUAUCUCCCUUCAUUUGAGUGUUCACAAAGCCCCUGGCUCCUGAAACUGCGCUAUCACUCUUUAUGAUGGCAGAAGGCCUGAGCUUGUCGCCUUCCGGGGCAGGCAGCUGCGCUACGUUCCCCGGGCUCCCUCCCGUCAGGUGUGGCCAUGCAGAGUUCUGGUCAACGGGACGGGACACAGGGGAUGAGCACCAGGUCCAGGCCUGUCAAAGCCUCCCCAGCUAGACGCUCCCGCUGUCUCCCCAGCAGCCGACCCAAUGGGUGAUAGGGCCAUACCCCAGGACCAGAGGGUCGAGCCCCAGGUGGCUGGAGCCCCAGUCUGGCCCGAGUCCAGGAGUUCCCUGGGGAACUGCCAGGCGGGGCUGUCCACAGUGUCAGGCCCCGGAAUUCCGGAGCUGCUUGUUAAAGCCACUGGCCAGCCUUGCUGCGUCGACUAAGUGUCACCACAGUUUAGAAACUCCACAUUAGAAGACACUGGUAACAGCACGCAGGUUUGUUAUUUAUUUACUUUUAAAAUGUCUUCGUUUGUAAACCUGGGUUUAAAAGGAGUCUAAGCAUUUACUAUAAUUCCCUCAUUUUACAUAUUAGAACCUGACACCCAGAGAGGGGAAGUGAGAUUCCCAAGCUGACACUGGUGCAUGAGGCAAAGCCGACGUCCCCCAGGCCCUCAGCACCGGCGCGUGCGUGUGGCUGCCUCCCACACCCGAGCGGCGCGACCGUCCCUGCAAUAUGAUUCCCCAAACUGUGCAGUGCUGCUGGCUGAAUGGUGUCCUUGCGCCUACCACCCCCUAACUCCCUCGCUGAAGCCCUAACCCAGCAGCAGAACGGGACCUGCUCUGGAAUCAGGUCACUGCAGAUGAGUUCAUUCAGACGCCACCUGGGGGGGGGGGGUCACACCCAACAUGACCAGUGUCCUCACAGCGGGAGGAAAUCGGAACCCAGACGGAUCUCACAAAAGACAACUCGAAGAGACAUGGGGAGAAGGGACAUUACAGCCAGGGAGGGAGGGCUGGACCAGGGCCUCCCCCACAGGCCUGGAAGAUGGACAACUCUGCCAACUCCCAAGCCCUAGGUUUUGGGCAUCUGGGCUCUGAGCUGUGAGGUAACACAUUUCCAUUAAGUCCCCCAGCUGUGGUGACUGAAAGGGCAGCUCAAGUCAACCGAGGGCUCUAGCAGUCCAGGCAGAGGCCUUCAUGGAGAGGAAUCAGUGACAAGUGCUCGGUCUCUUCCAGCACUGGAUUUAUUUUGAAGAAAACACGCUCCCCGAGCUCCUCCUGAAGUACAGCAGGUUCCUAUCUUACCCCAGGAGUCACCGAGCCCCCAGGAGAUGGGGGUGCCAGGCCCCCAUCCCUUAAUGCCCCUCUUUGUGCUCCCUUCUCUUCUCUGGAAAAUGCUCGAGGUACAAACUUUCAAGAGUUUACCAGCACCAGUGAAUUUCCUAAGUACCCUUGCAAGGCUGCAUUUCCACAAAAUCCAACUGGCUGCCCCGGGGGGGCUCUGAGCAGGGCCCUCUGCCCGCUGCACGUGUGUCAGGUGGUGGCCAGGAGAUCAGCGAGGACCAGGACCACGGCGUACCCUCCCUGAGAUGCUGAGAUUCUUCAGGGCAGCCCCCAAGCCUGGCUGCCCAUCAGAACUGUUCUGGGAGCACUCAAUGAGAGUGGCUACUGUGAAACUUGAAACCUACCCCAAGCUUCCGUUUAGUGGGUCUGAGACAGAGCACGGAACCCUAACAAAUCACUGUGGAGGCUCAAGCAUGCAGCCUGGCUUGGGAACCAGUGACUGGGGUCAUGUGGUUUCUGUUGUUACAGGUUUUGUUCAGCUUUUGUAUUUAUCGCACAUUUCUAUUUCCCAGCAGGCUUGGUGGCGUGCCUGCUUUUGUGCCUAACACCUAAACGCCGCCUCCGUGCUGCGCUGGGACCCACACCAUCACCACUGGAGGCUGCUCACAUGGGCUCCUUUUCCACGCCUGCCACGAAAAGCGAGGCUCUGUCAGCCCCUCCUCUCAGUCUGCCCCACCCAGGUCUGCACAUUCAUGCGCGCAGAGCACUUGUUGCUGCAAAGGCAUCGGGGCUCCUGCAGGGACCUGCUCCUCAUUUCUGCCACCAACGCUGAUGGGCACCUCCCCACCACGCUCUCCCACCCAGCAUAGCCAGGCACAGGGGCCAGCCCCUAACAGUGGUUCAGGGUGGCCUGAGAGUCAUUUGCCACAGGAAGAAAAGCACGGGAAGCCUGACGAGACCCCAGAAGAGUUAACACCGCUGAGAACAGCCACAAGCUGCUGGCACCUGCGACUCUAAAGUAAAUUCCAGGCCACACAAGGGCCAGCGGAAGGCCGCACACACGUUGGGGCGACAGAACCUUCAGUGCUUCCCUUGCGUGAACCGAGCAGGUAGCUCUGACAGCGUGUUAUUCACUCACGCAUGUGAGCAUGUGCUGAUGGCACGUGACGGCGCUGCAGACUCAGAGCACAGAUGGUUUUUAGGGCAGUGAAAAUAUUCUGUGGGAUACUGUGACGAUCACUAUGUAUCCAAAUCCACAGAACAUGCAGCACCAAGAGUGAACAAAACGUAAACUCUGGCCUUUGGAUGACAAUGAUGUGUUGACACAGGUUUGUCAACUUUAACGAACGUAUCACGGGGAGGCGCUGACCCUGGUGAAGGCCAUGUGUGGGGAGGUGGGGGCAGACAGAAAAUGGAAAAUCUCUGUACUUUCUUUCAUUUUUGCUGUGAAACUAAAACUGCUCUCAAAAAAUUAAGUCUUAUGGAAAGAAUAGAAAUAAAAAGCUCGUGGUCCAGUGGGGAAACCAAUACACAGACCAAUCGUUCUGGGGUGUGGAGUGGGAAUAACAAGGUGCCCAGGGGGACAGGGCGGGAGCUGUGAAGCCGGGGUUGCAGAAGCAGCAACGGCCCUGGAACCAAGGCUCAUGGGGAAGCGAGGCUGGCAGGCUGGCAGGUCAGGUUCAAGGAACAAAGGCGCACGAGAGAAGCAGCUUGUCCUGGGAAGCACAGCAAGGAGGAGCCAGGGAGGGUCUCUAGCAGAGCAGCAGCUAACUAGGCCGCACU